GUCAAUAAAUCCGCGAUCACACCUAAAUACAGUACAGAUCCGAAAAAGAAUUUAAACAAAACGAGUAAAAAACUCCAAUACCCCUUUCCGCAGAGAGUCACAGCCUAGUAGACGAUGUUAUAGAGAUAUGGCAAGCGCAGUUGUGGUGCUCGACAAUGGAGCACACACAGCCAAGGUGGGCUUGGCCAACCAGGAGGAGCCGCGCGUAGUCCCGAAUUGCGUUAUGAAGGCUAAGAGCGAGCGACGGCGGGCUUUUGUGGGCAAUCAGAUUGACGAUUGCCGCGAUACCUCGGCCCUGUUCUACAUCCUGGCCUUUCAGCGCGGCUAUCUGCUCAACUGGGACACACAGAAGACCGUGUGGGACUACAUCUUCAGCAAGGAGGGCAUCGGAUGCACUCUGGACAAUCGGAACAUAGUCAUAACGGAGCCGCAGAUGAACUUCCCCAGCGUGCAGGAGGCAAUGUUGGAAAUGCUCUUCGAGCAGUAUCGCGUAGCCGGCAUGUACAAGACGACGGCAGCCGAUCUGGCGGCCUUUAACUAUGUCGCCGACAGCGAGGAGCGCACCACGAUGCAGACCCUCAACUGCAUUAUCAUUGAUGUGGGCUACAGUUUCACCCACAUUGUGCCCUUUGUACUGGGCAGGCGGGUGCUCGAGGGCAUUCGUCGCAUCGACAUGGGUGGCAAGGCGCUGACCAAUCACCUGAAGGAGCUCAUCUCCUACAGGCAGCUGAACAUGAUGGACGAGAGUCACGUGGUGAACCAGAUCAAGGAGGAUGUCUGCUAUGUGGCAGAGGACUUCAAAGAGGAAAUGCGGGUGCAUCAGUGCGAGAAGAAGCGCAAGGAAGUGGCCGUCGACUAUGUCCUGCCCGACUUUACGACCAUCAAGCGUGGCUAUGUCCGGAUCCCGGGGCGGCCCCGCAUGGACGAGGCAACAAUGCAGACAGUGCCGUUGUGCAACGAACGCUUCACCGUGCCCGAGCUGCUCUUCAAUCCAUCGGACAUUGGCAUCCAUCAGGUGGGCAUACCGGAGGCAGUGGCCGAUUGCCUCAAGGCCUGUCCCUGGCAGGCCCAUCGGGAGCUCUUGCUCAACAUCCUGAUUGUGGGCGGCUGUGCUCAGCUUCCCGGCUUCCUGCCGCGCCUCAAAAAGGAUCUGCGCGCCCUGGUGCCCGACGAUCUGGAGGUGUCGCUUAUUUGUCCCGAGGAUCCAGUGCGCUAUGCCUGGUACGGUGGCAGGGAGGUGGCCACCAGUCCAAAUUUCGAAGAAUUUGUCUACACGCGUGACGAUUACGAAGAGUUUGGUGUCCAUGGCCUGAAUCAGCGAUGAACGAAGGAGCUGCUCCAUAACCCCACCCACCCUGAAUCCACUUUGUGGAUGCAAUUAAGUUACGUGAGACAGAUUUGUUCUAGAACAUUCCUUGUUUGUGUAUUCAACUAGGUGUCCGAGUCAAAUAAUGUGCAAAAUAGGCGCGGGCCCCGCGAAGCAAACCAAAGCGGGCGCACUUAUCGUUCAGAUUGAACUAUGUAAUUCGCCUAGACAUUGGAUGAUUGCCUAGAGCCUAAAUCCUUUUAUCAAUAUACAACUAAAUUUGAACUACA